GUGUCUGAGUUUUAAUUAACAAAUCAUUUAUGGUUCUUAUCUAUUUUGCAAAGCGAAUGUCUUUAAAUGCCGUUUUACUUUACAUCGCGAAAAUGGAGAAAAUUUACAAGAUUUUUAUACAUUCAAUAAUAGUAAUAAUAACAUGCGGUGCAUUGUCACAAUUAGUGCCUCAUAACACGGUACCUUUCAUGGCUCGACCCUGGUCAGCUGCACAGAGCAAGGCACUGCGCCAAGGGAAAGGGGGUUUUUGCUGUGCUUGGAAGGAACCAGACUACCACGAUGAUGAUUCGGUCGCUCGUGUGGUCGGUGAGGGUGAUACAGUGGUCGGUUCAAUGGGCGGUUUGAUCAUGCUACGAACCAGAGUCGGCGCUUCGGAAGUGAAUCAUCGCUCAGAGCAUACGGAGGAGCCUCCAAGAAGAGAUUGCUUCUGUUCCAAGAUCUACGACCCUGUCUGUGCAUCAAAUAACGAGUCAUAUUUCAACCUAUGUUUUCUGGAAUGCAAAGUACCAAAAAGUGACAAUAUUAGCGUUAUCCACCAAGGAAAUUGUAUACCAUUUUAAAGAUAAACG